AUGUCUGAUAUUUCAUUUGGUUGGAGCAAACUUUCUAAACAUGAUCAGGUUAAUAUUCUUCAGAUAUUACUGAUUCUUCCUUUUGUAUUAAUUUGUAUCCCAUCUUCUUUCAGUAGAUCUAAACAAUAUGACACUUUCCCUUCUCCAAUUAAUUUAUUAUUCGCUAUUCCUCAGUUUAUUAUUAUUUAUAUUCUUCGAGUUAUACUUGUUGAGAAUAUAUUUCUUAAAUUAGGAGAAAAAGUUGUUGUUCAUAAACCACAAUGGACAGAAGAAGUAAGACAAGUCAGAAUUCAACGUUUCUCCGUUUGUUUCUUCAAAAUGUUGUAUUUCUUUAUCACUGCCCCUCUUGGAGUUGGAUUUUUUAGAAAUGAAGAUUGGUUCCCUGCUCAAUUAUUUGGUCAGGGUAAACAAGAUUUAGAAUAUAUGUGGGAAGAUUUUCCAUUCCAAUUACCUACUUGGAGAAUUACUUUCUUUUAUUGUUGGGAAUUAGGAUAUCAUUUCCAUUCACUUGUUUAUCAUAUGCAAAGUGAAAAGAGAAAUGACUACUUUGAAAAUUUAUUACAUCAUGUUGCUACAGUAUUUCUUAUUGUUUUUAGUUAUUUGAAUAACUGUGGAAGAUGUGGGUGUCUUAUUCUUAUUCUUCAUGAUAUAGUUGAUGCAAUUAUGUAUCUUGCUAAAUCUGUUAAUGAUUUAAAAACUCAAAUCCCUGCUUAUAUAUCUUUUUCUCUCUUAGCAGUAUCUUUCCCUAGAUUUAGAAUAUACUUUUUAGGAUGGUAUUUGAUUCCAGCUGCUGGUGGUUGUAUCAAAUAUGUCCCUGAUGAUCUUCCAGGUGGAUUCCUUGUGUAUUGUUUGAUUAUGUCACUUCUCUGUAUUCUUCUUUUACUUCAUAUAUAUUGGUUCACAUUAAUUCUUAAGAUGGUAUAUAAAAUAAUUACAGAACGAGGAAGAAUUGCAGACCCUCAUACUAUUGGUAACUAA